GAAUUUGGAAGUAAGGAAGGCAAUAGCGUGUUUUUUUACUAUUAAAUUAUACUAAAUAUACUGGCUUCUGCAGUUCAGGAAUGUAUAAACGUUUUGAUCAAUAUAACCUUGUCGGUGGUUAUCUAACAAAGUUUUACUUGAAUGUUUGUAGUCUGUUAUUAUUAAAAUUUAUAGCGUAGAUAAUUAGUAAGUAAACAUCUCAACAUUAUCACACUACCUUAAGGUAUUCGGAGGGUUUCUUUGACAUUGAAUUACAUUUGAUUUUGUGUAAAAAUGCCUGAGCGUGAAGUAGACAUUUACCGAGAGACAUGGGUUCGCUAUUUAGGCUAUGCUAAUGAAGUGGGUGAGUCAUUCAGAGCGAUGGUGCCACUGCGAGUGGUGCAAGCCAGCUAUGCUCUUGCCACGGGAUAUGUACUGGCCGAUACUGCGGACAAGAGUUGGAAAAUGAUUAAGAGAGAUGGCAGACCUAAGAAGGUUCUUAUAGAAACUGGUGAUGCUCUGAUUUGGCAAACAUUAGCCUCUGUUGUAAUACCGGGAUAUGCUAUAAACAGAAUAUGCCACCACAGUCAAAUCUAUUUUAAGAAGCAUUAUCGCAGGUUUCCGAUACUUGCCAUAAAUCUGAUGACAGUUGGUGUGGGUUUAAUAUCUAUACCGUUCAUAGUACAUCCCAUAGACAACGGUGUAACAAUUUUAAUGGAUCUUACAUAUAGACAGUGGUUCAAAUAACCUUAGUUGUACAGUAAAAUGUAAAACAAUAUUGUAAGGUCCAGCAAUAUUGAGAUUACUUUAUGUUGUUUAUUGUUUAGAAGAAAGUUCUAUAGAUUGUUUUUUUUCACUAUUAAAAUGUUAAACCGAUAUCAUUAAGCUUGAGUUACUGUUAAGAAUAUGCUGGAGUUAACUACCUCAUGAUAAAUAAUUUGUUAUAUACGAUAGCUAAUGUGCCAUA